AGAGCCCUUAAUAGAACCAGGGCCGGGGGCGGCUCCUCACCAGCCCCCGGGGCUGAGGCCGGGCCUCCUGCCUCCCCCCCCCGCCCCCCGGGAGCGACCCGUGGGGACCAGGCCGCAUCCCCCCUGCCGGCCCCGGGGACCCUCCCUGGCGGCUCCCUCAGCCUGGGGCCAAGCGCCCUAGAGAGCCGGGGCGGGGACCCCCGGGGGGCUCCGAUUCAGGGGUAAAUCCGCCCCCACCCUGGGAAAGAGGGAGAGUAGGGGAGACCCCCCCACCACACACACACUUCCGGCUGAGAUUGAAGGAUCCCUGGGUCCGGUUCUUGGGGCUGCAGAGGGAGUUCCUCCCAUGCCAGGCCCCCUGUUACUGCCAGGGCACUGUCCCUCUCCUCCCUUGGCACGUUAGGUUUUGAGUGAAGAAUAUUUGCCCCCUCUCUUCCCAUUCCCAAGCUCCCUGUGGACUCCUGGGAAAGGAGAGUCCCUGGCUCAGCCCCAGAUGUUAAGUGGAGCAAAGAGAAGAUUCCAGUGUAGGUGGCUCCCUUUAGAACAGAAAGGUCUUCGGAGUUUAAAGGCUGUGCUUCCCGUUUCUGGUGGUACUUACAAGGAACCUGCUGUCAAUUACUAAUUUUGCAGGCUGCACACAGUACCCCAAAGGGAUUGAAAUCAGGAUCUAGACUAACUCUGGAUGCACCCAGUAGCUGACUUAAAUUCUUCUUUAGCUCGUUUAAAAAAAAUAAACACAAAAUCAAAUUGUUGUUGAUAUUGACCUUGGCUGCCUAAAACUAACCGACAAACAACAAAACCCUUCCCAUCAGCUUUGAUUUUUAAUUGAGAAUGAAAAUACAAAAAUAGCUCCUCAUAUCAUACCUAUCAGUAUGUGGAGUCGGAAAAUCAUUCCCGAAACUGGUGCUUUGGGGUGCACGAGUGCACAUUGCACUCGGGGAUUGAGCUGUGCACCUUAUUUUCAGAAUAGACUGCUGUGUUAUUUGAUUAUAAAAAUGAAAUAUCCUGGGAAUAGUUAAUUUGGAAACAGGGGAACUUGGAACUACCACCAUGGCAUGGGAUUAAGUUGGAUGUGUAUACAACUGAUUAGGCUUAAUAGACGGUGCUAAAUUUGGGACAGGAUACCCGAGCAUUUCAGGAAAAAGUUGGUGUAGAGGUACUUUCUUCUGUUCCUUUUCCUCUUAAAAUAGUACCCAUUCAAGCAACUGGUUCAAGAGGAAGUUGACUCCUACAGACACUCAAGAAAAGAUCACUUAAGUGGGCAAGAUCAGUUGUCAAUAAUUCCAUAGUAAAAUUACUCCCAGUUCUGGCAUAAAUUUUGGAAAUAGAGAAUGAGUGCAUAUUCUUUCAGUGUGCCAGUCUCCCCUGUCUCUCCCAGUAGUAGGUGCAGCAGCUUUAGUAGUGCCGGCAGUCUGGAAUUUAUUCCCAGUGCCCACUCUGACACUGAGGAUGAUGAUAAAGUGGUGGUGGAAGGGGUGGAGCAACCUGCCAAACAUAAAGGAAAGAAGGGGUUGCGGACUAAGGGAAAGCCACACCAUAAAAAACUGGUGCUGUCUAAAAAGUUUGUUAAAGAUCUGGGACCGGCAGGUGCUGUUGAAGCUGCCUGUGCUGCAGCUGCAGUAGUCAUGCCUGGUGCUCCUGAGCAAGAUGGAGAGAGCUUUUUUAUCGAGAGCAAUACAGUAAAACGGGUUCUGUUGCCUGGUACGAGAGCAAAGACUUCCAUCGUGUGGAACUUCUUCCAUGUUGAUCCCCAGUACCCCUGUCGUGCCAUCUGCAGCCUAUGUAAAAAAAGCGUCAGCCGUGGCAAGCCAGGCACCCACCUUGGCACAUCGACGCUUCAGCGGCAUCUCCAGGCAAAGCAUUCUGUGUAUUGGGCCAUGGCUAAUAAAAUAAGUGCUACUGGUGGAAGCAGUGUAGGGGAGGAAGAAUAUGCCUUUAAUGUGCCUGUGUCACCAAUCUCCCCUGAUAGCAGAUUUAGCAGUUUGAGCAGCAGCGGGAGUUUGGAAUAUAUUCCCAAUGUUCACUUUCACAAUGGCAGUGUGGAAGAGGCACUGGGCCAGUUUUCCAACAAAAAAAGAAGAAAGAAAGGACUGCAGGUUAAUGAGUUAUACCCAGGAAAACCAGAGCUUUCAAAAAAUUUUGCCAAAGAUGUGGGUCCCACAGGCGCAACGACUGCAGCCAGGGCAGCCGCAGCAAUAGUCGUUUCUGGUGCAUCUGGAGAAGACCGAGAGAGUUUUCUCAUUGAAAGCAAUACUGUCAAACGCGUCCUGAUGCCGGGAACCAGGACCAAGACGUCAGCUGUCUGGAACUUCUUCUACAUUGAUCCUCAGUAUACCUGCAGGGCUGUUUGUAAUGUCUGUAAAAAGAGUGUCAGUCGAGGCAGACCCGGCACUCACCUUGGCACUUCCACACUGCAACGGCAUCUGCAGGCCAUGCAUCCUGUACACUGGGCCAUGGCCAACAAAUCUAAUGGCACUAUUGGUAACGGUGUAGACGAGGAAACAGUUGAGGAUUUUUCUAUUGGUCCUAGGGAGAUGGACUUGUCACUUCUCUGUCGUAGAAGCUUUUCAAGCUAUUUCUCAUCUCGGAGGGAUAAACUUACAGCCAGUUACAGUUUAACAUCUCAAGGCCUGGGUGUCCAUGCGCCAACUUUAUCUCCUAAGCCAAUGCUUGGUAAAAGAAAGGUCAUAAGUCCCAACUUUGGGACUCCGCAAGACUCUCAAAUAUCCACUACUGAGAAGAAAAUUAAAUACCAUGAAAUUCCAGUUGCACAGCAGAUAAAUAGGGCUAUUACAGAAUUGAUUAUUGAGGAUAUGCAACCCUACUCAUUUUUUUCUACCCCUGCUUUUCAGAGAUUCAUGAAGAUAGUGGCACCAGGCUAUCAGCUGCCGUCUAGAACUUACUUUUCCACAAAGGCUGUGCCCCGGUUAUACAAUGUUGUGAGAGAAAAGGUUUUCAUGGCUCUGGAGAAAGCUGAGUGCAAAAAAGUUCACUUAACCAUUGACAUGUGGACCCAUGAACCAACCACAGACUAUCUGACAGUGAUGGCACAUUGGGUGUCUUUUGAAAUGCUGCUGUCUUCCUCUCACAGUGCCAGCAAAACUCCCAGUUGUAGGAAGCAGGCAGCUCUUUGUGUAACUGGCUUUGCUAAAGAUUAUGCAGCAGCCAGUAUUUUACAAGAACUAAAUUACCAAAUCGGUGUGUGGCUUUCCCCCAAUUCCCUCACCCCUGGCUUCAUAGUUUCUGACAACACUGCCAAUGUUGUGCAUGCAGUGAGAGAUGGAGACUUUACCCAAGUGCCAUGCUUUAUGCAUUGUUUAAGUUUAGUAAUUCAAGACUUCCUCCGUGAGCACAAAAGCAUGAGGAGCAUGUUAGUAGCUGCUCGAGAGAUUUGCCAUCAUUUUAAUCAUUCUGUUAAGGCCCGUCAAAUUUUGCAGGAGUUCCAGCAUGCAAACCAUCUUCCGCAGCACAACUUGAAGCAGGAGGUAGCCACCCAGUGGACCUCCACCUUUUAUAUGCUGAGGCGACUUUUAGAGCAGCAGAAGGCAGUGCAUGACUAUUCCAUGCAACACCACGUGGGGAGGGUGGAUGGGAUCAUCCUCACCUCAUUUCAGUGGUGUCUGAUGGCUCACGUGUGUGACAUCCUUGAGCCGUUUGAAGAAGCCACUCAGGAAGUGAGUAUGUGCACUGCAGGUCUUAGUCAGGUGCUGCCAUUAGUUCGCCGCCUGCUUUUGACUCUGCAGAACAUGCGAAAAGACUUUCAAAUCAAAGGUGCCACUGUAGCUCUCGGGCUGGUGGAUGACUUGUCUCUGAGGCUUGAAACUGACUCCCGACUGAGCACUGUGCUCAGAUCUGAGCAUUACAUCUUGGCCACUUUAUUAGAUCCCUGCUUUAAAGACAAUUUAGAAGAAUUCCUUCCUCAAGGUACUGACUUGAUAAGCUAUAAACAGAUCCUUAUUGAAGUAGUAUCUGAGUAUAUGUGCACGUCAGUGGAGGGUUGUUCCUUGGAAGCUACAGAAGUAUCAGGCCAUUCAUCCCUUAUAGGAACCGAUCCUUUUGCUUUUCACCUUAAGGAAGAUUACUCUGGUUCAGAUCCCUUCAGUGGCUUCUCUUCGAGUGGUGCAGCUUUAAUAGGCAAGAAGAGGCUGUUGUGCCCAUCAGCUGCAGCAGUAGUAGAAGAGUAUUUUCAAGAUGAGUCUUCAGGGAUAACAGUUAAAGAUGACCCCCUGAUUUACUGGCAGGGGAAACUGAGAAGAUGGCCUGCAUUAACCCGAGUAGCUAUUCAGUAUCUCAGCUGCCCUCCCUGUAGUCUGCACUCUGAAUGUGUCUUCAGCACAGCCAGACACCUCGUUUCAGAACACUCUGCUAGUCCAGGUUUUGACAACAUUGAACAGUUAAUGUUCCUUAAAAUGAACUUAAAAACUAUUAAUUAUGACUAUUCCACUCUGGCCUUGGGCUUUGACACAGAGGAUGAGAUCACUCAGAGUAGCGAGGAUGAGAUAUUUUAGCCAGAGUUGGUAGCUUCAGUUUGUUCUGCGCUCUGGACCAUUUGAAGUGCUGGGACAUGUGCUGCUAUGUACUGUUCUUGUACGGUUGUUAAUAUCUAGCACUUCUUGUGCUUUCCAUCUUAAGAGCACUUUACAACAUCCUCCAAAUGCCCCCUGUGAAGUAGGUAAAUAAGCAUUAUGUCCAUUUUGUAGACCAGAAAACUGACAUCUGACUUAGUGAGAAAGGUGGGAUUAAAAUUUGGGAGUUCCUGGCUCCUGAUCUUGUGUUCAGAUUGUCCUAUUAAACACCACGUAGGUUUUGUAAUAUAAACAUUAAUGAAAAUAACUAUUUUUUUAAAAAUAAUUAAAAAUACAAAAACAGGUCAAUAAUAAAGAGAGAGCAAAAUAGGAUUCAUGCUUUAAAAUCAUAAAGAGCACUAGGUAGGUAUCUAGUUGAUAAGCGUGGUGCUGGCAGUAGUAACUGAAUAGUGCUCCCUUAUGACACCUAUUAAGGCAUAAAAAUGUUCCCUCUCUGGACUUCUCUCCCCCAUAAUCCCAGCAUACUGUUGAAAGGCCACGGACUAAUACUGGCUGGCAAACUGAAAAGAUGGAUGAGUGACUAACAUAGUUUUUCAGUGUUGAGAAAGACAGGGCUCUAAAAUGAACUGGGCAAAUGUUCACUGUAUUCUUGUCUUCCUUUAGUGAGGGUGAAGUGUGUGACCCCAGCUUUUUAUUUCUUCUCACUGGUCUCUAAUUAUUGUUUUGCUAUAACUAAGCUCCUGUACAAAAUGAAAUUACAAGGUGAACCACAGCUCAAUCUCAAUGUGAACACCAGUGUAAUAUUCAGGAUUUGAUUGGCUUUGAAAUUCUUAAUCAGUUUCUGAUGCAAGCUUGCUGAAUGCGCCAGAGUUAUUCAUUUAUUUUAAGCUUUAAGGGGUUAGCUCAGUCGAUUUUCUGUAGUAUUUAAAUUGCUAUUCUAACUAAAAAAAUAAAAAUAAAAAAUUAAAUAACUUUAAAGUCUAGUUUCUGUGUUAACAUUUUUUAUUUGUAGUGCUUGUACAGAACUGAGAGGCUUGAGUUGCUUGGUAGUAUAAUUUCAGUGAUAAUUCAAACCCUGGACUGUGUGAAAAGCACUAAGUAUGUGCCGAAGUAUGGAAGAUAAUAUGCAAAUCCAUUGAAAUAAAUAAUCAAAAAUAGCACACAUUAUCAGACAGACCAGGAGGCAUUGUCCGUUACUUGCCAAGAAAUACGUUUUGGUUUAUGUGGAAGCAUUUCACACUUUGAAAUUGCAUUGAAUUCGGGAGGAUAUUAGUGAAAGUAAAUUUGGCAAAACUUCCCUGUAUCUAAUAUAUGCUAAUUGCACACCGAGAGAACAUUAGUGUAGUUAGAUACAGGUAGACAAAAGUUACCUGGGAUACAAAAUCCAGUUGUAAAGGCAACAAAAGUCAAAAGUGAGUAAUUAUCUAGAUACUAAGGGAAGGACAGAGAUUGAUUCUUACCUUUUUUUAAUUCCCCUUGUCAAGAGUUGAAAACUGAUAACUAGUACAAGAACCCAAUUUUUCCUCUCAUUAUUUUAGAUUUAGGGAAACUCCCUCCCUUUUCUCCCCCCUAACCCCCUCUCCAAAAAAAAUCCUGGAAAAAUUCACUAGUGCGUGAGAAUAAAAGGUCUAAUCUUAAUAGAAUAGAAUAGGUCUAUUAUUAAUUUAUAAGAACGAUUUCAUUCGAUUUCUUCUAAGAUAGAAUUGGAAGAGAAUUAGCACAGAAAUGUUUCAGUGCUUUUAAUGUAUGCAAUGUUAUUGAAGUCAUAUCAGUCCCAGGUUAUUAGAGACAAAGUGGGUGAGGUAAUAUCUUUUAUUGGACCAAAUUCUCUCACCAACAGAAGCUGGUCCAAGAAAAGACAUUACCUCACCCAACUUGUCUCUCUCGGCACUUUUAAUGACACAGGAAUUGGAAUCUCUUACGUUUAGAUCUAAUGGUCAAAAAUGCAGGUUUUAUGGCAUUCAGUAAAAAUAAAUAAACUGAAAUGUCUCAUUUCACAGUGAAAUUAAACUGUGGUAACUGGAAACACCUUUAGGCUCCUUAUGGUGUCAGUCAUUGGUUGCUAAGAAUUGGAUCCAAGAAUCCUUUCAGACCUUUGCCAUCUCACAGCGAUGGAUAAUGGUGGAUAUAUAUACCAGGGAACAGUAUAUGGUCACAAACCAAUAGUAUUUGAAAAAUGUAAAAGAAAUUAAAAUUGGCUUCCAAAAAUCAAAAUAUUUCCAAAUUGUGUCUCAUGCAGCUGUGCCUCUUUAAAAUUGAGCGUUUCCCUGCUUCUUACAGCUUGCUGUAUUUUAGAACUGCUAUCUUUCUGCAUUUGAUUGCAACUUUAAAUAUCUGAUCAGAGCUACAAAUUGUUCUUUACAAUAUGGAUAUCAGACUAUGCAUACUUUGAACGCUUUGAGCACAUAAAUAUGGAUAUACUGUAUGCAUGUACAUGUGUAUAUUUGUGCCAGAUCCAAACUUGCCCAUAUUAUAAAGCAUUGGCCUGAAAGUGUAUUUGUGUGACACUUUUAUAACCCCUCAAUUUUUGCCAUUCCCCCAAAUUUUGAGACACUUUAUGAUGCAUUUUAAGUGACAAAUAGCCCAAUUAUAUCAUUUUUAUUACCACAUUUGAAUAUAUUGGUGUGUGUAUAAACACAUUUGUAUAUAUGUAUAUACAUAUGUAUGUUUAUACAUACAAGUAUGUUUUUGCUAUACAGGUAAUAAAGAUGGGGGAAGGUUUUUGUGUUUUCUUAAUAGGUGAAGAAAUCUUGAAGACCAGAAAUUGGAACUUAUUGAGUUUUAAAUUAAAAAAAAAAAAUUUAACUGUCUGGCUGUGGAAGAUGGAUCUUCAUUUUUGCAGCCGCUUUGACUCACAAGUUCAUCUUUAAAUGAACUGUUUUUUGAAGAGCUAACUAACCCUCGCUGUCUCCAGUCUGACAGAGAGUAUUCAAAUGGACUUGCUUCCUCCAGUAGUUGUAAGAUGUUUAAAAGCACAGCCUGUGUCUGAAUUGUGGAUGAGAGAUUUCCUUGGCAAUGUGAGGAGAAAAUUCUUUCUAUCCCUUUAUUAUUAAUUCACGGAUUGAGUGUUGGUUCGGCCUACAGGAGAAAUUAAUUGGAAGUCUUUGAAGACCAACGUUCUUGCCGAGGUUAUCCAG